AUGGACGAACAAAACAUAAUUCAUCGUAUGUUGGCAAAAGGAGACUCUUUGAGACCUGCCUAUAAGGACUUUGACUUCUCUUAGCUGGACAGUACUCAAUAAAAAUACCUGAAUAAAUUGACCUUGUUCUCAAAACAUAGGGAAAGAAUUAUUAGGAAGUUCAAUUCGACUAGAAUCACUUAUGAUGUGAAAAUAGCUUUUCUUGAUUAACACUCAAUGAAGCUGGGAAACAAUAUAUUCUAUGACUUGGAAUCAAAGAGAUAAGAUUAUAUUGGUAGUAUUGACUUCGUACCUUUUACAACUCUAGUCUCUGGGUUUGUAUUUUUCUGUGGAUUUGCAAUGAGGACUCCAAUGACUAGCAAACUAUACAAGGAGUUAGGGUACUCUUUAAUACUUGGGGGUGCACUCUCAUACACUUAUGUUUACUACUAUAAGAAGUAAUAUUUGUACAAGGUAGAUGAGAUUUAUGAUAAACUGAAACUAAAGUUUGCUACAAACCCUGCCUUCUCAACUAUCAAGGAGGACUAGCAGAUUAUCAAGAAUUUUGGCUUCAAUAAAUACAAUGAUGCUGAUACAGAUGAAUAAGAUCUAGAUGCUGAGGAUGAAGGACUGAGAGAGAUUGGCAUAUUCGAAGGAAACCCCAAUGAUGAUAGAAAUGAAUUUAAAGAUAAAAUAUUAGGCAUAUUAUAUGGUGGAGAGAAAUGA